UCCGGCAAGAAACCGCUAUCUGUCAGAAAAAAUUCUCGAGCUGAAAUCCGCUACACGGUCACACUUUUACUGCUACUCUUUUUCUGCGGUUCGAGUAGUUAUUUCGGGGUUUAUAUCCUCUGCGGACACACAAAGAGAACAUGCCCGGACAGAGAUAACCGUCCCCGGGCUGCUGCUGCCCCCUCAGCCGGCUGAAGGACAGGAGCAGGAGGAACAGACGCAGAUGGAGAGGCCGGGCAGGAUGCUGUUGCUGUCCGAGCUUCGCGUCAGAAACGCGGCGUACGACGUGAGCCUGAGUCGGUCCCUGCUCACCUGGAAGAGACGGACCUCCAGCCCGGUGUAUCACCCGUUCAGGCCCAGGUUUUGUGUUCCAUCGUUCCCUCGUCGUCGACCAGACCCAGGUGUGGGUCACACUGUGUCAGUGUCGGAGAUCCUCUCUGUCAGAGAGGAAGAGGAGAACAGCAGCAGACGAAGAGACGAUGGCAGCUGGAAAAAAAUCAAAGAGAGAGAAGGAAAGGACUGCGGGCCGGCCUUCACUGUGUCGUACGUGGAGAGGAGUCAGCACCACCGCUGGCGGUGUGCUGAGGUCACCUUCGCGUGUCCGGAGGAGGCGCUGUGUCAACACUGGGUCAGCAGCAUCGGAGAGCAGCUCGCAGCUAUCGCCAGCAGACCCAAACGCCUGCUGGUCUACAUCAACCCAUACAGCGGGAAGCGUCAGGGAAAACGCAUCUACGAGCGAAAAGUCGCCCCGCUGUUCGCCCAGGCGGGCGUCUCCACGCACGUCAUCGUGACGGAGCGCGCUAAUUAUGCAAGGGACCACCUGAAGACGGGGGCGGAGCUGCAGAAGUUUGACGGGGUGGUGUGUGUCGGAGGGGACGGCAUGUUCAGUGAGAUCAUCCACGGGCUGAUCUGGAAGACGCAGCUCGACGGCGGCGUAGAUCCAAACUGUCCGGAAGAAGCACUGAUCCCCUGCACGCUUCGCAUUGGAAUCAUUCCUGCAGGUUCAACCGACUGUAUCUGCUUCGCCACUGUGGGCACCAACGACCCCGUAACGUCUGCACUGCACAUCAUCGUGGGAGACUCUCAGCCGAUGGACGUGUGCUCGGUCCACCACAACAACGCCUUCCUGCAAUACUCCGUCUCCCUGCUGGGAUACGGUUUCUACGGCGACGUGCUAACUGACAGCGAGAAGAAGCGAUGGAUGGGACCGGCCAGAUACGACCUCUCAGGUGUGAAGAUGUUCCUGACUCAUCAUUACUAUGAAGGAACGGUGUCCUACCUGCCGGCCAAAGGCAUCAUGGGAACACCGCGGGACGCCACCAGGUGUCGAUCUGGCUGUGUGGUUUGUCAGCACAACAGGCAGCUACUUCCAGAGAAAGCUGAGAUGUACGAGGUGGAUGAAGCAUCAGGCAGCGAAAGUGACAGCGAGUGGAGGACGCUCCGAGGGAAGUUCCUGGCUAUAAACGCUGCCAGUAUGAGCUGCGCUUGUCCGCGCAGCCCCAAAGGCCUCUCACCCGCCGCUCACCUGGCCGACGGCACCACCGACCUCAUCCUGGUCCGAAAAUGUUCCCGCUUCGACUUCCUCCGACACCUCCUACGACACACCAGCAAAGACGACCAGUUUGACCUGGCGUUUGUUGAGGUCCACCGGGUGCGGCGUUUCCGCUUCACGCCGCGUCACUGCCAGAGCGACUCGGACCUGGACCUGCGGGAGAACGGCAAGCACCAGAUCUUCAGCCAGAUCUGCCGAGACCACCCGGCGUGCGGCUGUGCCCCCGCCUACAGCAGCUGGAACUGCGACGGCGAGAUCCUGAACCACACAGCCAUCGACGUCCGAGUGCACUGCCAGUUCAUCCAGCUGUUUGCGCGAGGGAUCGAAGAACCUAAGGUGUUCGAGGAGCUCCCCAACCCCUGUGCAAUAUAGGCCCGCACCCCCGUUGUUUCGCAUCAGACACUGGAGUCAUCGCUCUGUUUCCAGGCUCGGCCUACGUCCACCGUCACCGCGACAAUCGCCACAUCCUUUCACCAGGAGGCUACGAGUCGUGCUGUUACUCAACAAAGAUUAGCAGUAGGGAAGGAGACGUAGCGUCACGUUCUGGGUUUGAAAAUCCAUGAUUUUCCUCACAGACCGGAAGUGAGGUGUAGUUUCCUUCAAUUGUCCGAAACCAGCUUUAAAUCUAUAUUUUCUGGAAACUAGAAGCUGUUUGUUACAGAAAUGAUCAGGACAUUAACCUGGAGAAAUAAGCUUCACCCUCAGAUUUUUGUUUGUGUUCUGGGUGACGCUGUUGGCUCCGAAUGGCUGCCGGGCGUCUGGCACCUGAUUUUAUUUUCAUGUAGAGUAUUAGACGUUGUAAGAGAAAUGUUAGCUUAUUUGCACUUUUUGAAUAGUUUUAGUUAUUUUCAAUGCUCCGAAAUGAUCCUGGAUUUGGAAUGAUCUGCUACAUGUUUUAGGGAUGCCAGACACCUGCCAGUCAUUCCAGCAGUCAUGUAAUCAUUAGGGGUCAGGGGUUAAUUCACACCCAUGAGAAGUAGAAAGUAAAUCCCCUUCACAUGGUUAGUACUUAUAGGGAAAAAUAGUGCUGACAGAUUUAUUUUCCACUGUUGAACUUUCCUUUUUCCUUUCUUUUUACUUUCUGCUUCUCAAACAGGCGCAUUAGAUUAGUCUCCAAUCCUCCCAUGUUUCCGUCGUUUCUAUUAAAAUUCUAUUUUUACAUAUUUUAAUUCCCGGCCAUUUAGAAAAAAAAUUAACUGUGACAAAUCUCAAAUCUUAAUUUUAGUCCAGGAGAUUUUGCGUCAGUGAAGCUGGCCGUGGCUGAGUGAGCUGAACAGCGCACGCGUGAAUGUUUUCAACCUUUCGUUUCUGCUCGAUAUGCAAAUGAACUGAGCUAAACGCAGGACUCAAAGUAAAUCAUCUGAAAAAGUACUGCGUUAACACCGAUGUUUCACUCAAACAGUGCAGAUAUUCUGUUUCAACAUCAUGUAGCCAUAACUUCAACAUACUCUCGGUGCAUCACAAUCGUCUGUUGGGUUUAUUUUGUUAUGUAAAAGAUCGAGUUAAUGAUCUGAACCUUCCACAAAUCCAAUAAGAUUCACAUAAAACAAAAGGCCAAAAAGAAUUCUAAAGCAGUGUUUCCCAACCUGCUUCCAUCCUAGUGGCGCUUUGGUCCAGGCUGAAAUGUCUCAGCAACUAUUGGAUGGAUUACAAUGCAAGUUGGAACAGACGCCCAUGUUCCCCUCAGGAUGAAUUUUAAUAGCUUUGGCGAUCCCUUUUCUUGUGUAGCGGCAGCAUCGGGUCAAAGUUUUAUUGAAACGUUUAAAAUAAUACCUGCAAAACAUUAGCAUGCUAGCAUUGUCAUUAUAGGAUUGAGCUCAAAGCACCACAGAGUUGUGGAUACGUUUUUAUGUCGUAAUAAUUCAAAUAAUGCAAUCUGAUCUGAACAUCUCACAACCAAUAGACAUGCAACCUGUGACGAGGGGUCGUAAGCAGACGUUGCCUUGUUUUAAAGUUGGGAAUCACUGCAAUAAAGGUGCGUAGACAGGGCUCUCCAAGUACUUUUGGCCAUAUAGUUUUAAAAGUUUAUCCACAAGAACUAAAAAUGUUCUCCGUUAAAUCCAAAAAGGAAAAGCCUUUGUGUAUAACUGGAUCCAUCUAACUGUGAAAAAUGCAGCUUAUUUCACACAGAAGUCCGAACAGGAAUUUUAUUGUUUUAGUGGAAGGUUCGUUAUUAUUGAAGUAUUUGAAGUUUUGUGAAUUCUGCUUUUGUUAAAGGAAGUAGCACUGAAAAGUCCAGUGUUGAUAUUCAACCGUCUCCUCACAAACAAAUCAUGUUUGGUCUUGUUUUGGAUCAUUGUAGGUUUCGCAGGUCUGAGCAUGUCGUAGCCUGAUGCUAUCUGUCCACAUGGGUUACAGUCUACAUGGAGCAGCAUCUUGUUCUUUACUUAGAUUAUUCACAGUGAAGUUGCAUUUUCUUCACUAAGCCUCAGGAUGGUGGUGUCAGUUUGUCCCCACGGAUGUUUUCAGAUCAUCCUAAAACGUCCGGAUCUCAUUACUUCUUUCAGGAGAUUGAACCAUUCAGAUUUGAAUGACCCUGUAACUUUUCUCUAGCACCACACUCAGGACAAAUUGUACAUUUUUAGCUCCACUAUAAGCUCUAAAUCGUCAGGGCAGUGUUUGCAAACAUUGCAGCUGCAAGGGGACAUACAUUUGAAUUAAUAUGAUUCUUUUCCAAAACACUGACUGAAUGGAAACCGUUUUAACUUUGACCCAGAGAUUAACCAGACAGGAAGUAGAGUGUCAGCACUGGACUGUCAGACUGUAGAACCUGUUUCUUUGUGUGUUGUUUAAUGGCAAUCCUGUUUCCUCUCUGCUGGCGUCGAGCUGGACUCAAACUGACAGAGGAGGGAACCAGUAGCAGCUCGCGGUGCUCCAAAACGCCAAUCAAUACACUUUCUCUUGAUCCUAAUCUGACCAAAUACCAGCCAGGGUUAACUGAUGUAGCUGUCUGUUUGUCUGUGACAGGUGUAGCUCAGCCUAGAGGUCUUCACGGGUCCAAAAUCUUGGACCCAAUCAAACAAGUAUCUGUACAAAAACCUACCGAAACCGUACAUGCAUGCAUUACAUUUCAAGGAAAAACACACCGGAUCCAAAAGGAAUUACCAACAAUGGCAGCCGCAUGAUAAUAUAGAACGGGAAUACAAUAGGGCUGGGUAUCCCCACAGAUUUCCUGAAUCGGUUAAAUUCCGAUUCACAAUGUCCAUAUUUGAUUUGUGAUUUGAUUCUAUAUCGAUUCAAUGAGGGAAAUUUCAGUUCCCAAUACAAUUUUGCUUAGAUCUGAAAGAGAUUUUCAGAGAAUUAAUGCUGUGAAUUGUACAAGAACCCCUCUAAGAUGGUGCAUUAUUAAAAAAUGUUAAGAAUAGACCCCAAAGCAGUUACAUCGAGGUAGAAAAGUGCUUUCUUUAGUGCAGAGACGGUGUACCUAAAGCCAUACAUCUGUGAAAAUGUCCAUGCCAGUGUUUCCUUCGCCAAAAUUUGGAUUUACUUUGGAGCAUUAUUUAGCAUGACAUGGAUUCCUUAGAUCGUCUAGAUUCAUACGAUACCAAACUCUCCACUCCAGCUUUAAAACGGAGCCUAUUAAAAGAUUGUUCUCGGGGUUUUAUGAAUCGAUGAAGUUAUGAAUCAGAUCAUUCAAAUGGAGAUGGAUUGGAACAUAUUUUAGGCGUCUUAAAAUAUGAAUGUGAAUGCCAAUGUGGCCUCAUUGUUAGACUAACUAUAAGUAUAGUAGGAACCGAGUGGACCUGUGAAGACCUUUAGCUCAGCCGUCUGUCUCAUGUUGAUUUAUUAACGUAUUGAUGUACAAUCAGAAUCUGAAUGUUUGCUGUAAAACCUCCAAACAACAACAAACCAAAUGUGUCAAUCAUGCGCACACAGAGGUCGACUGAUGACUGAGGUGGAUAAUGAAUUGGGAGAGGAUAAUAAUAUUUACAUUUAGUGGGCUGCAAUGAUGAAUUAAAUGUGUUUGUGCUUUUAUAGAUUUAGUGCCAGGUCAAACUAGAAACUGGCCAAUUCAUUUACACGUUUUCAUGAAUCAGUCUGUGGUUUGGUGACGUGGUAACGACUUGGGGAGCUACUGUAGCUUGUGAGCUAACCGCUAACAUGCAAUUUAGCCACGAACAUGCCCGAGCCAGCUAUACUAGCCCACAGAGAUAGCUAAGUAGCUAACAGGCAGUAGCUAUCCUGUCUAGCCAUAAUAGCUCACUGCCAAGCUAGCUGGCUUGCUAGUAGCUAAUGUUGCAUUCACAAACUUUCACGUACAGACUGAAAAAGGCCCGGUCAUAACAAAAAGUGGCGUAGAGAAAUUAAUCUGCACAUUUUAACGAAAAAGGUGGUGCCUGAAGCUUGGUGACGUAGUAUCUGCUAACAAACUAGCAAGCCGGAACAUGCUAGCUCUAGUCAAACACGAUAGCUCCUUUCUACUUGCUCUGUACUGGGCUGUUUACUCUUUAAUUUCAUUUAGAGUAAAUGAAGAAGGGGGGGGAAAAGGUUCUGUCCGUUAGCAAGCUUGUUAGCUUGGUCACUAACAGGACAAUACAUUCAUACCAUUUAUUUGAUGAUGUCUCUGUUGUGUUGCAGUUUAUACUUUAUACAGAUGGGGUUGAGUAAAAGGCUAACGAGCUGUGCUGAGUCAGCACCUGUAUGGCUUGCUAUUGGUCAACGGCAUGUAUUUGCAUGUCAAAGUUCACCAAAGAUGAACUUUAUUCAUCACUGCAACUCCACUGGAAUGAAUUGCUGCAAAAUUUCAGUUUUAAAAGUGACCGGGCCUUAUUUACCAAACGCUAGGUGGGAAAAAAAAAUACAUUCAUGUCAGCCAGUUCUAGUUAAUGCUGAGUCAGAGAUUUCAGGAAUUACUGUACGCCACUAUGAUAUCUCCCACUUAGUGAAAAGAAGAAGUAUCCAGAAAACAGAAGGCAGAAACGUGAAGUUUUCUUCUUGUUCACAAUCUGUAGACAUGCUUUCUACUGUUUAGCAGUUAGCAUGCUACCUAGACAAUAACACAGUCAAUGCAGCAUCUCUUUGUGGAGAGCAGUUCAAUAAAAAAAUAAAUAAAAAAACCCUGUAAGGUGACACACAGCUAACAUGAUAGCCUCCCCAAUUUUCCAGCUCUCCGUUUCCUCAACGGUCAACGCUGUCAAGACGCUGUUUGAAUGUGAUCAGCAGUGUAGAUUUGCAUUGCAAAGUUUUAGGUCUUCUUACAAAUUCAGUUAAUUAUCGUUGAAUCCACAGAUUGCAGAUGAAAUAUUGAAAUGAACAGAUUUUGUUAUUAAAUGUUGCUGAUGUAUGAAGCUCUGACCUUUUUAAAGACGUGAAGCAGUGAAAUAUGUAAAAACCUAGAGGUAGAGUUAAAGAUGUAACCAAACCAUUAGAACAUCUCUAGUGUUGUCAGGUACCCUGUGUAGAAUUAAGGAUUAGCACAACAAAUGAGGAUUAUCUUUAGUGAAGUGUCUUUCUUUUAAAUGUCAAAAUAAACUCAAAUGUCCAUUUUUAGCACAAUCCAAAGUGAAUACUCUUGAAAUUCAAACAUUUAGCUCUGGGAAACAUUAUUCCUCCCAAUCUGAACCUCUCCAACUAACAAGUAGUAUAAACUGUAUAUUCUAUAUUUUUUUAACACUGUAGUUUAAUCUGACGCUGAAAACUAGUUUCAUCUAGUGAAUGAGUCGACCUCUAGCUGUAAUCUGAGCUGUAACUGAUCUUUACCUUCUGCUGUAGCUGUUUCAAUUAUCAGGAAUUAAAAACAUAUUCAACUCUUAA